GGUGAACAUUGGAUUGUCAAUCCUUCUUGCCUUGAUUGCUGAAUGGUUCGCUCCUGUUAUGACGUGUUGGGAUUAGAGCGGAAUGCAAGCCUGGAGGACAUCAAAGUGGCCUUUAAAAGGCGCGCUUUGCAAGUUCACCCAGAUAAAGGUGGCAGUAAGGAAGCAUUUCAUUCAGUUUACCAAGCCUUUGAGAUUUUAGCUGACUCAGAAGCACGCAAGAAACACGACCAUUCUCUUGCAACUUGGAAAGCCAAAGUAGCACUGCAGCCAAGAAAUCGAAAAAGAAAGAACAAGGCCGCCGCAUCCGCAAGCAACGCAGGCGCAUUUACGGCUUCAGAUCUUCCCAAGCAACCCACAAGGGCGACUCGGCCAGACAGGCAGACAAGGCUGUUGGAAAGGCUCCAUAGAUGCUUACAACACUUGCCGCGAGAUGUGCGGCAUGAUGUGAUCAAGCAGGAUUUCAGUGAAAAGCAGCGGCUGAUUCUGGAGAAAUGGAUGGUAGACAAAUCAGCAGAGGCACCUGCCCCAAGUCCAUCACAUGAUUCAAAGCAAUCUCUUUGUGAACCAAACCCCUAUGCUGCAGUUCUAUCAUCCAGCGGUACAGUCCUCAAUCGCCCCAAGAUUGGCAAGGAGCCAUCCAGAAAAAGCCUUUUCCAACGCAAGGCAGGUGGCAAGAAAACAGACUGCAACAAACGGAAAAGAAGCCUGUGUGGCUCUGUCCGCAAAACCGGAGGAUCGAAUUCCAAUUGCUACGUGGCUAUGAUUUUCUUUGAUGGAAUCGGUUUGAUCACUGGAAAGAGUGACUUGCCAACAGCUCUUGAAUUUGUGGUUAUUUUGACAGCUGUCAAGCAGAAGAUGCUGGCUCCUCAAACGGGCAGCUGCUUUCAGCAAAGCUUGCAAGAUGCGCUCGUGUAUUCGUCUAGAGAACAGGGCAGAGAUUGUGCAGACCUCAACUUGCGCUUUUGCGCUGCCCUAAAGUCUGCUUCCCUCCUUGGGCCAGGCAACAGGUUGCAGUCGCCAGUUGUUUACAGCAUUGAAGACCUGGCAAAGCUGCGCAUAUGUAUAAAUCCUUUCCGCGAAUAUUCUAAGAAUGUGAGUUCCAGACUAUUUUGGUGGUACAGUCCCGAACACAUGCAAGAUGCUUGGAAUCGACUUCAAACGGCAGUAAGUGAUGCGUGGACAACAGCAGGAGCUGACAGCACGCAGGCGCUGCGCCGAAUCCGUGCUUGGCAUGAUGCGAGCAAAUCCACACGUGACCGGCACUUGCGGUUUUGGGAGAGGUACCACAUGGCACUGCAGGACAAGAUCAAGCAGCGCCCACAGAAGCUGCGACCCGAUUAUGUUCCUCGGCAGGACUGCAACGACCCUGUGCAUGCAGUGAAGAAGCUUCUAGUGACAUGGGGGCUCCUGCUGGAAAAGAAGGCACAACGGGCGCAGAAAGAGUGGCGCAAAGCUUUUCGACAAAGGGCGAAAGUUCGAAAAGAUCGACUGGCAGAGUUGAAGCGAAAGCGCGAGCACUGAGAACACGCUUCAGCUAG